AUGUCCCAAAGCAUAAUUAUGCCAAGCUUAAAAGCCAGAGGGUCCAAGAGCCAUAGGAGAAGAAAUUUAGCAUUUGGUAAAGAUACAAGUCAAAGUUCAACAUAUUAUGUACUAUCAUCAUCAUCAAAUGCUGUAGAUGGUAAUACUGAUGGCGAAUGGUGGAAUGGAUCUUGUACACAUACUGACUUUAUUAAUGGUCCCAAAUGGUGGUGUGUUAACUUGCGGGCACCUGAACGAUUUCACACUAUUAGGUUGUAUAAUAGAAACGGCGCCAAGGAAAGAUUACAAGGAUUCUCUAUAAAAGUAAGUAAUACUGGAGGAUGUGAUCAAAAUACAUUUGAUUCAAGUCAAGUUUGUUACACAGAUGAAAGCUCCACACCACAAGAUGUUUAUUCUGUACAUGAUUGUAAAGAAGGGCAGUUUAUAUUUAUUACAGUACCAGCACAACAAACUUUAACACUUUGUGAAGUGAAAAUAUUACAAGGUGAUUUAUUAAAUUAUAAUAUCGUUCACAAUAUGUGUGUGUUCGUGAUGCAUAAUAUACUGAAUAAAUGGAUGUAUGAAAAAUAA